UUUUUUUUGAUUUUUUUUUUUUUUUUUCCCGAAUCGUGUUUCCAAUGCUGUCCCUGCCACGAGGUUUUUCCGUCUUGGCAGUGCGCUCUGCCUCCGCUUCCAUUGCCUCCGCUUCCAUUGCCUCAGCCGCUGCCUCUGCCUCUGCUAGUGCUGCUGCUUCGGCGUCCAUUCGCGCAAUCUCCACUGCGACUGUGACUGCACGACGCGCCGUCGCUGCUUCACAAUCACAGUCACAGUCCGCCUCAGUGGUGGCUCGAUCAAGCCUGACUGUGAGCGCGGUUCGCCCGUUCUCGUCGUCGCUCGGUCGCGCGGCCUACUCCAAGGACGCUAAGGACGCCAAGGACGCUAAGGACGCUGGGAAGGACGGCAAGAACGGCAAGGACUCCAAGGACGCCGGGAAGGACGGCAAGGACGGCAAGGAGAAGAAGAAGGAGGUCUCGCUGCCACCGGGCACCACGAGCGAUCUGUCACGCAACCUCAGCAACCGCCUGAAGGAGGGCUUCGAUGACAAGGAGUACAAGCAGAACGUCGAGGAGUUCCAGGCGGGCAUGCGACCCAUCAUGGAGCCCAUGGAGCCCAUCGGCAAGGCCGCCCAGCAGGCAAAAUCCAUUGCCGUGGCCACUGCGCAGUCCGUGCCAGUCCAGGCCGUCGUCGGAGGCAUCAAGGCCACAGCCAAUGUUGCAGGCAAGGUGGCCAACGCGGUCGUCGAUCAAAUCCCAACCGAUCACCCCAUCGUCCAAGGCUUGACCGAUACCGCGAGCUUUGUCAAGCGCGAAAUCAUCGACACGGCACACAACUCGACGCGCCCGUACCGACCACCGGCGAAGGUCAAGGUUCUGACUCCCGAAGAGGAGGAGGCCGCUGCCGCCCAGGCAGACCCGACAAAGACAGCCGUCGUUGUGCACCAGGGCUUCCGAUGGCAAAAAGAGUGGAAGAACUUUAAGGACAGCAAUCCCAUCAUGGUCAAGCUGCAAGCUGCCCGUCAGCGUUUUGGCGAGAGCGACAAUGCCAUCAUUCGUGUUCUGAGCAACGUUUCCGACUCGAUCUCAAACAUCUUCUCCCCGUCCGAGAUCGGCAUGGUCAUUGGCGAAAUCAACCGCGUAGACCCGAACUUUAACGUGGAUGAGUUUACCAUUGAUUGUGAAAAGCAAAUCAUCCCGAUUUUGAUGGAGGCUGUCUUCAAGAGCGACUUGAAGGCGCUCGAACAGUGGUGCCACGAAGUGUGUUUCCGACGACUACUUGAGCCAAUCAAGUCACGCCGAGCUCUUGGCGUGCAGCUCGAGCACAAGGUCAUGGAAUUGAACGGAGUCGAGCUUCGAACGGCCCAGCUCAUGGAGCAAGGCCCAACUCUUGUGUUCAUCUUCAAUAUGCAGUACACCCGCGUGCUGCGCAACUCGUCCAGCGAAAUCAUUGAAGGCGAUCCGGACCAAAUCCUUGCUGCCACCUACGCGAUGGCGCUGACUCGUGACCUGAACGUCUACGACACGCAUGCCAGCUGGCGCGUUAUCGAUCUUGGCCUCGUUCAUGAGCGAAAGUCCUUCUAAAGCUGCUUGGUCCACUUUGAUGUUGUGUGUGUGUGUGUGUGCGUGUGCUUGUUUCGUGUGUGCUUGUUUCAUUCUUGUCUGUUUCGGCUGGAGUGCUCGUACGAGUUUGAUACUCUGUCCAGCUUGCUCUCCAGGACACAAUUCCAACUAGAAUACACAUCUCUUUUUUUGUU